AUGCCACAAUUUGAUAAAUCUAUUCAAAAAAUCAAAAAACUCGUGUUGAAAAACCCAAUAAUAUCAACUUUAAUAACAAUCAUCACCAUAUUCUUAUGUAAAACAUAUUUAUUCACUGAAGAUUCAAGUUAUUUAUUUGACUUAAGUGAUGGACCUGGUACUAAAGGAUGGGGUGUCACUAGGGGUGGUACAGGAAAUCCAGGGUUCCAUAAAGAUCAUCGUCAAGGUGGAUUACCACCAACUGCAAGAGAUCAAUACCAAGAUAAAGAUGGUUUAAUAUAUCAAGAUUAUGAAAUUGAAUCAGGUUUAUCUGGAAAAACAUUUGAUAAGAAGAAAAAAAUUGUUAUUGUACUUGGUGCUAAUAUUGAAGGUGGGGUUAAUAAAUGGAAAGGUGCAAAUGAAUGGUCAAUUGAAAGAUCUUCUAUAUUGAAUAAAAAACAUUAUGCUCAAAAACAUGGUUAUGAUUUAAUUAUUAAAGAUUAUACUAAGGCAAAGAAAUAUUCAAAUGAAUUUAGAGAAGGUUGGCAAAAAUUUGAUAUUAUCAAGCAAACAUUUGAUCAAUUCUCGGAAAAUGAUUUAUGGUUUUGGUAUAUUGAUCUAUAUACAUUAAUUAUGGAACCUGAAAUAAGUUUAGAAAAAUUAAUUUUUAACAAAAUUGAUGAAAUUGUUUAUAGAGAUUUACAAUAUUUUAAUCCAAAUUCAUUAGAUUUGGAUAUUCCAUAUAUAAAUUAUGAAGAACCAUUAAAUUUAAUUUUGACCCAAGAUUGUGGUGGAUUUAAUUUACAAUCUUUCCUAAUCAAAAAGACAGAUUGGUCAAUAACUUUAUUAGAUUUGCUAUUUGACCCAGUUUUUUAUUUACAAAAUGUUGAAAUUUGGAAAAAUGGUGAACGUAAUGCAUUAGAAUAUUAUUAUAAUAAAUUUGGUUGGAUUAGAUCAAGAGUUGGGUUUUUACCAACAAAGACAAUAAGUGCAUUACCCCAGGGGGCAUGUCCAAAUAAUGCCCUAGAUGAACAAUUUUUCUAUAAUGAAAGUUCAAGAGAUUUCUUGGUUAAUAUGAUGGGAUGUGAAUAUAAUAGAAAUUGUUGGGAUGAAAUGGAAUUUUUCAAAAAAUUAAGUAAAGUAUUACAUAAAAAAUGGUAUCAAAUAUGGUGA